CAAACACAGACCUCGUCUAGCAAACACGUAAGAACAAACACCGAUCAGAUCCCUCUCUUUUAUAGCCUUAUAUUCCUUCUCUUUUAGCCAUGACCAACAAAUCUUCCGGACUGUUACUAGAUCGUGAGAUGGGGAAAUUUGAGAUCAACCAGACGGCCGAUACUACUCCCAAGAAAAGCUUUCUUUCUCCAUCCAAAUCAUAUACACAAACAUUCAAGACGCCUGUAGCACAGAAAACCGCUAUAUCCACGCCUUACAACGGAACAGAGACCCCGCUAGUCGCUAGUGACAAGGAAAACUGCUUGUCUGGGAACAAGCGAGGCCCUACCACUCCUAUUACUCCUACUUUGGAUACCUUGCGGACCAGCGUACCACGCAAGAGGCUCACCAAAAUUGGUGACAUCACUAUUGACGAAGGGUUUCUGGACUCAUCCAUGGACACCAACAUGCGCAUGUGGACCAAAUCGGCCGGUGGAAAGAAGCAAAAGGACAACCUGGUGAACCGCGGAGAGGGCGACGGGCUCAAUAAUUUGGUGCAAAGACUUGCUGAUCUUGCAACCCCUACAAAAGCUACUUCCCCCUCUGCUCGUUCUGAUUCGGAUGUUGGGAAGACGCCGCCGACGGAAGGAAAGGUGAGACGAACACUGAGACAUGCGCUCAGCUUUGGGGAUUUGUUGUCCAAGUCUAAUGUGGAUAUGGAACACUGGGAUGCUUUGGGCGAUGCUGAGUUGAAGAUCGAUUCGGAUGAGGACUGGGUCUCGAACCGGAAACAGGUGUCUAAUGCCAACUAUCUUGAGUCAGUGGAAGCCAGGUACUGCUUGUGGAAAACCAGAGCGGAGUUGAAACGCUCCAAGGAAUUGGUGGAGUUUUUGACGAUGGAAAGAAAGUUUGCCUUGGAAGAGGCUCUUUGCCGUUCCUGACGAUUGUUGCUAAAAAGAUGAUAUACCAGGAACCUAGUGUGCAGAGGAGGCUUGAUACGUCAUGCUCUUUUAGAAGUCAACUCUGAGGGUACGUUAUUUCUGGUUUCAUAAUCUGCUGGUAAUGGAAAGUAACAAACUUCACCAAACGUCGUGCUAACAAGUCUUCUGACCUUACUCGGAUUUUGAAGCCGCGCGACGUCAUCCUCUUAGAGUUAGUUGAUCUGAUUCACCUAUUUAUCUUCUUUCCCACAUGAAAGUGGGCUGUCUUUCCGUGACAUUCUCCACUCAAUAUCCUUAUCCCUUGACUGGUUCCUGAUAAGUAAUAGCUUGUAAUUUAUAUCUGUAUCAC